AGUGCGCCGGCUGAUAUGGAGGCCUCCGAUGGGCAAGAGGGUGAAGGGGACAAGCCACUAGAGAAGGUGACAGAUGGACCCCGCAUAGAGGGAAGAUCCUGCACCAGCCUUGCUAGAGACUCGCUUGUGCGCCAAGCCAAGGGCCUGAGCCAGGACACCUUCAAAAUUUGUAAAGAAUGCCUAAGGCCACUGAAGAAGUUCCUGCGAAAGUUGCACCUGCCCAGGGACCUUCCCCUGAAGAAGAAGCUAAAGUACACGAAGCAGAGCCUGGUGGUCUUAGGGGACCACAUCAACACCUUUCUGCAGCACCACUGCCAAGACUGGGAAAUCAAGCACUGGAGAAAGAUGCUCUGGCGAUUUGUCUCCCUCUUCUCAGAACUGGAGGCAAAGCAGCUUCGCAGGCUCUACAGGUACGCCAAGAACGACCAGACAGCCAAGUUCCUGGUGGCAUUCUGCCCCUUGGACACCCUGGAGAGCUCCUUGCUGGCUGACCAGGAGGACAGCCUGCCCAAGCUCUGCACUGCGUGGGGGCUGCACAGCCGCAUCAGCAGCAUGAAGGAGAGGCUGUCCAAGAUGCAGGCCCCGAUGCGAUGCCGCGCUGCUGGGGAAGCCCAGAGUCCCGAGCCGGGGGCCACAUCAGGAGAGGUACUGCCAGGUUGUGGGGGAGGGUCUGGAGGAUGGGCCUGCGUGUCUCCAGAGCAUCUACCACGAUCGUCUUCCCCCUCUCCAUCUUCUCUUCAUCCCUGCGUUUCUCUUUCUGUCCGUUUUCCUUCCCCUUCUCUGAGGAUAUUACAGACUGAGAUUCUCUUACUAUUCGUGAUGUCUUCAGGACUGUCUUCGACCUUCCUUUUUUCAGGUUCUUUCAGGAAACUCCCUCAAAAGCCAAAACUCAAGAGAAAGGGGAUUAAGGAAGCCCCAGAAACUCCAGAGACCUGCCCAUAA